AUGGCCACGGCGGUGCGAGCGUCGAGGACCAGCGCUGCAGCUGGCGCCCAAGGGGGACGCCAGUCGAGCAAGCUCGCGGCCGCCGCCGCUGCGAGGGCCCUGGGGGCGCUGUCCGCCGCGAGGGCGCUGGGGGUGCCCCCCGCUGAGGAGGCCGACGACUCCGGCGCGGGCAUCAAGGUGUGCGUCCGCGUGCGGCCCUUCAUCAGCGAGGAGAUCGAGGGCGACCGCAGCGGUGGCAAGACCGAGUGUUGCAUCGAAAUGCCGACCGAGACCACCACCGUUAUGAGGCGAGAGGACGAGGAGCGAACGUUCGAGUUCGAUCGCUGCUACUGGUCGCACAGCAGGGACCACCACCUGCACGCCACCCAGAGGACCCUCCAGGAAGAGCUCGGGGAGACGAUGCUGACGCACGCCGUUAGGGGCUUCAACAACUGCAUCUUUGCGUACGGGCAGACUGGUAGCGGCAAGAGCUACAGCGUGCUGGGUGGCCCAGGCGAGGACCGGGGCUUGCUGCCUCGCAUCGUCGAGGGCCUCUUCAGGAGGUUCGCAGAGAUGCCAGAGGAUGUGAAGAAGAAAACGCUAGUGAGCUUCAUGGAGAUUUAUAACGAAGAGAUCCAUGACCUGCUCUGCGACAGAGGGGGAGGCCGCGGGACGUCCAAGGCAUGCCAGAAGCUAGAAGUGCGCUUGCAUCCCACACUCGGAUUGACGAUCCCAGGCCUGAAGGAGAGUCCCGUAGAUAGUUGCGAGAGCGUCAUGCAGCUUGUCAGCAUGGGGAAGGACGCUCGUAUGACGAGCGCCACGGCAAUGAACGUGUCAAGCAGUAGGAGCCAUUGUAUUUUCACUUUCAAGACAAGCUUGGUGGAGCCUGAUGGCACCACGAAGAUGUCACAGACACACUUGGUGGAUUUGGCAGGUUCAGAGCGGGUCAGCCGCACCAAGGCCGAAGGCGAUCGUCUGAAGGAGGGCGCCGCAAUCAACAAGGCUCUCUCGACUUUGGCUAGGGUCAUCUCAGAGCUUGCCAGAAGUGGUAAGAAUAGAGGCAAGCCGCCUUUCCGGGACUCGAAGCUUACCCACGUCCUCAAGGAGUCUUUGUGCGGGAACUCCAAGACUGUGAUGAUGGCAGCCAUAUCCCCGAGCGCAGUCGACUUCGAUGAGACGCUCUCCACAAUGAAGUUCUGCCAGCAGGUAAAGCUGGUGCAGACGAAGGCAGUGGCCAACACCACCAACGAGAACGGCAUCGAGGCGAUGCUCCGGCGCGAGGCCGAAGAUCUUCGCGCCAGGCUGGCCGCUGCCGAGGCCCAUGCUGCGAAUCCGAGCGCCGUAACCCUUGGUGGCCAAUCAGCGGCCUCGGCUGGUUUGGAGUCGAUUGCUAAGGAACAUUGUGCUGGGAGGAUGAGCCUCCUCAAGCAGAGGCUGGAACAGGCAGAACAGCUGUCCAAGUUCUACGGCGACGGCUACGACAAGUGGAUGGCAGAGGAGCAGCUCAGAAUCAAGAGGCGCGCGAGCGUCAGGCAGACGAUGCUCGAUUCGGGGCAGCUCGAGCAGCUCCGGCAGUUCGCGGAGAUGCACGAGCGCGGGACGGACGGCGCCAGCUCGGCCGCGGACGACUCGGGCUCCGACGACGACUGCGAGCCUGGCCCCCCGAGGAGCGAGUACGUGCUCUGCCGCUGCCUCACGAAGCCCGCUGUCGCCGCGGGCCACCUAGACGACGACACGAGCACGAUCUUGGUCGCUGGCCCCAUCGCGCGCGAGCUGCAGUCCGCGCUGGCGCACGGGAGCGGGGGCCUCGACCCCUGGGGUGCGCGGGACCCGCAGAAGCUGAUCGACCGCACCGCGGAGCAGAAGACCGAGCUGUUGGCCAGGUGCUGGAGCGAGUGCGUUGAAGCCGAGAGCGCGGUCUCACGCCUGUCCAAGGAAGAGGCGCCCAAGUUGCUGCUCAUCCCUCACGUUGCCGUGCGGCCAGAUGAGAUCGACCUUACCUGUGAGGUGAUUGUAUCUGCAGAGUACUGCGACGACGGCAUUGCCAUCAGCGAGUGGUUCAAGCCAAGAGAGUUGGAGCAGAUCACGAAGUGGCUUCGGGACUCAUUGCAUUCCGCUGGCCUGGAAGAGGGCGAUCACGGCACGGACGACAACGCAUGGGAGACCGCCGUGUCCACAGUGCUUGAGCGUCCCACGCGCGGUGGCGUCAAGAAGAUGCAGUCGCAGCUGUCCAUGGCGCCUCGACUGUCGACCGUCAAUAUGCUCACCCAGGAGAUAGAGGCGGAGCGCAGGCAACUCACCGAGGCCAAGCUCGAGGCUGCCACCACCGAGCAGCUCCGGCGGGAGCUGGCGCAGCAGCGGGCAGCGAACGACCGGAUGGAGAGCCAGGCCUCCGAGGCCGUCAGAGCCCACCUGAGCCUCGUGUCCGAGGUGUCGGAGGAGCUGCAGGGAGCGCGCAGGAGGGCGCAGCAGCUGCAGGUCACGAGCGAGAACCAGAGGGGCGGGCUGGCGCUGCAGCGGAAGCAGCUCGACGCCGCCCAGCGCGAGGCCGCCGAGGCCGCCGAGGUUGCCGAGGGCCUGUGCGCCCGGGUCGAGGCCUUGCACCUGGAGCUGCGCGGGGCGGAGCACCGGCUGGCCGAAGGCCAGCGCGGCUUGGAGGACGCGCGGGAGCUGCGCGCGCGUCUGGGCGACGCGGAGGGCCGGCUGGCCUUCGCGGAGACACAGGUCGGGGAGGCGGACCGGCUGCGCGCCGAGUGCCAGGAGGCCCAGGGGCGGCUGCGCAUCCUGCAGGGCCGGUGCGACGAGGCCCAGAGGCUGCGCGACGGGCUGGACAGGGCGCAGGCGCAGCUGGCGGAGCUGGCUAACCAGCCAGCCCCGCAGGGCGGAGGCGCCAGGCUGGAGCAGCGGCUCCGGGCGGAGCUCGGCGCCGCCGAGUCCAGGCUCCAGCUCGAGGGCCAGCGAGCCACCGCCGCGGAGCAGCUGCGGUCCGCGCUGGCCGCGGCGACGGCCGAGCUGCGCGAGGAGCAGGGGAGGUCCUCGCAGGCGGGCGUGCUGGGCGCGGAGCUGGCCGCGAUGCAGCGGAGCCUGCGGGAGCAGAGGAGGCGGGCCGAGGAGGGCGACCUCCUCCGCGGCGAGUUCCAGGCGGUGGAGCAGGAGCUGAGCUCGACGCGCGCGGCGGUGCGGGAGGCGGACCGACUGCGGACCGAGCUGGGCCAGGCGCACCGCCAGCUGGGCGUCCUGCGGCAGGGCGCGGCGGAGGCCGCCGAGAGGGCGCAGGUCGAGCUGGCCGGCCAGCUCGAGUUGGAGGCCGACGCGCUGCGAUCGGAACGGGCACGCUGCGGCGAGGCCGCGGCGGAGGCGCACGCCCUGCGUUCGGAGCUGGGCGCGCUGCGGCAGGAGGCGCUGGCGGAGCGCCGGCGCAGCUCCACCUCGUCGGGCCUGAGCGGGGUGUCCACUGCGGCCAGCCUGAGCGGCUCGGGCUGCGCAGCGCUGCCCGCGGAGAAGCGCGCCGGGCCCGACGCGGCGGCGUGGGCCCAGGUGACCGCGCCGACGACGCAGCGGCUGGCGUGGGCAGCGCCGCCGCCGGGGCAUGAGGAGGCGCAUCGGCUGCGCGCCGAGCUCGCCGCGGCCGAGGUGAAGCUCGGCUCGACGCUGCAGCGGCUGGCCGCGCAGGAGGCCCUGGCCAGGGCGCACGACGAGGCGUCGUCGGCGCUGCUCGAGGCCCGGGGCGAGAAGGCCGCCAGGGCGCGGAGCCUCGCGGGGGAGAUCGCCUCCAGCUUCGCGGCCGCGAUCGAGGCCAUAGACGCUGCAAAGAAGGAACCCACCGACGCUUAUCCUGGAGGGCUCCUCUGCCGGGCAGCGGUUGCGAGAGCCCGCCCCGUCGCCGCCGACGGGCCGCGGGCUCGCGCAGGGCUAGGCCAGGCCCUCACCUUGGCCAGGGUUCGCCCGGGUCAGCGCCACAGGCGCGAAUCCAUAAGCGCGCUUCGUGUCCGGCUUUGUCGUCUCCCCCGAGACUCCUCGUCAUCCCCACCUGCCUCGCUGUUCUCUUGUGCCGGCGGGCCGCAGGCUCACGCAGGAUUGGGUCAGACCCUUGUUGUGACUUUUGGCUUGGGCCCGCCCGAGUCAGCGACGCGGGCGCAAAUAUUCUGCUACGCGUAG